AUGGGGAUAAUGCACGUGCCAACGGUGCAAGCUGCGGGAGAAAGCAAAGAGCGGCAGCACUGCUCCAGCUCGCCGCUGCCCCAUACCCUCGUUAUACCUGCAUCAAAGCGAUGUUACAAGGGUACUGACGAGGUAUUUGCAGGCCUUAUUUACCAGGAACUAGAGGAGCACAAGGCCUUGUGCAUCUUGCACAAGCCGAUGGAACUCCCCUGCGCAACUGCCGAAAGCCAUCAGGCGGUGGCCGUUGCAGGGGACUUCAACAGCUCAUCCACCGCGGACGAAUCUUCGGCAGGAAGUGGCAUCACAAAUGAGUUCGCAACACCCGGUGCUUUAAGGGUGGAGGGCGGCGCCAACCUUUCAUGCACCACUCCCCUGGCAAUCUUGGCAGAUGGACAAGACCUGACGCGUUUUCACGUCUGUCUCUCCUCUCCGGGGAUUCAAACGGUUGUUGACGGCGUGUCAUACAUACACACUCUCGCGCCGGUUGACGUUUUGAGCCAGAAGCGUAUUACGCUUAAACCUGUCUCAUGGCGGGAAAACGAGGAAGGCGAAGCAUGCAGUCACCAAAAUUUGUCGUCCGAUGAUGACGUUUGCAAGAAAGGAGUUAUUGAAUGCGGGAUCGUUGCAUCGCACAUCGCUCCUAGCCAGUGGGAGUUUCUGGCAAGCUCUGAUUGCCUAGUGGCGGCAGUUGCAAUAUGCGAGAAGAAGCGCCUGCAACUUGCGACAGCCAAACACCUCUGCACUAAAGAACAAAUAGCUGGAGAGAAGAUUGUGACUUUGCGUAGGGAGUACAGGAGGGUCUCUGAAGAACAGAAAAACCAGGAUGGCAUCAGUGAAAUCGGAAGCAUCUUCCUGGGACUUAUUGGUAGCUUAGGUACCCAUAAACUACCCACCAGCAAGCAAACGCUGCUGCUCUCGCCAGAUAUAGCUUACCUUAUGGAAACAGUCGUUCCUGUACUGUAUCCUGCUCUAGAAGCCAUCCUUCGAGACCGGCCAGACGACCCACUCGUGCACCUUGCAUUUUUCCUUCUUAGGCAUUCCACUGGCUAUUCUCGCACAGCAGCUGCCCUACAGCAUUCCGGGGCAGUCUGA